AUGGGGAAGGAGGUGGCGGUGGAGGUGGGCCUGCGGCUCGCGCUGUUCGCGGCCUUCCUGGUAACAGAGCUGCUCCCGCCCUUCCAGAGGCUCAUCCAGCCCGAGGAGAUGUGGCUCUACCGGAAUCCGUACGUGGAAGCAGAGUAUUUCGCCACCAAGCAGAUGUUUGUCGUCGCCUUGCUGGCCCCGCUGGCCCCGGUCCUCCUGGCCAGGUGUCUGAAGAAGGCGGACGCAGCGGACAGCCGGCAGGCCUGCCUGGCUGCCAGCCUGGCCCUGGCUCUGAAUGGCGUCUUCACCAACACAGUCAAACUGAUAGUGGGGAGGCCACGCCCAGACUUCUUCUACCGUUGCUUCCCCGACGGGCAAGUCCAUCAUGACUUGACGUGCACAGGAGAUGAGGACGUGGUGAAUGAGGGCCGCAAGAGCUUCCCCAGCGGACAUUCUUCCUUUGCAUUUGCUGGUCUGGCCUUCGCGUCCUUCUACCUGGCAGGGAAGUUACACUGCUUCACACCGCGAGGCCGAGGGAAAUCUUGGCGGUUCUGCUCCUGUCUGUCACCCCUACUCUUUGCAGCUGUGAUUGCGCUGUCCCGCACCUGUGACUACAAGCAUCACUGGCAAGAUGUCCUGGCUGGAUCUGCCCUCGGCGUGACGUUCGCCUACGUCUGCUACAGGCAGUACUACCCUCCCCUGACGGACGCCCAGUGCCACAGACCGCUGCAGCGCAGCCCUGCUCUUCCCUCCGCGCAGGAGCAGCCUGGCCACCCUCGUCGUUUUGAUGUUUAGACGCUGGAGCAGCUGCCUCCCUGGGAAACAGGUGAAUCAGCCCCUCCUAACUAACUCACCACGCCCAGGACAAGAAUUUCUGACCUUUUACCUCCUGGGAGGUACAGGCGAGGAGAGAAGGCCCCAUGAUCAUGCAGGUUUGCCCUGGCUCACAGGGAUUUAUCGCGAGGAGUCAAGGUCCUUUUUCACUACUGUUCGACGCAUUCCAGUAACGAGAUCUUUCCAGGGUCUUUCCAGCUAAUGAAUGUGGCCCAUCAGAUUGGUAUCCCAAGAUCUACAGUGUUUCUACACUUAACUUCAGUACUGUUCUUGGACGAUUCUGUCACAAAGAAGCUUCCACCUUAGCCCCACUUCA